AUGGCUUCCGAUGUCGAGCGGUCCUCAGUCUCCAUAGUCAGAAAGAGAUCUUCCGUUGAAAGCGGUGGCGCACAGGAGCCUCUGCUGGAAAAAAGUAGAGACUGUGAGGAGUUUUCGGUGGUUUCUGCUGUUCUUCCGUUUCUAUUCCCUGCUUUUGGAGGCCUUCUGUUUGGUUAUGAUAUUGGAGCUACAUCUUCUGCUACCAUUUCCAUUCAGUCGGCAACAUUAAGUGGAAUUUCCUGGUAUAAUUUGUCUGCAGUGGACAUUGGUCUUAUCACCAGUGGUUCACUGUAUGGUGCAUUGAUAGGCUCCAUUCUGGCAUUUAAUGUUGCUGACUUUCUUGGAAGAAGGAGGGAGUUGAUAUUGUCAUCUGUCAUGUAUCUUCUUGGAGCUCUUGUGACAGCCUUGGCACCUACUUUUGCUGUCUUGGUGAUUGGACGUUUCAUUUAUGGCAUAGGAAUUGGAUUGGCAAUGCAUGCGGCUCCAAUGUACAUUGCUGAAACAGCUCCAAGUCAAAUACGUGGACAGCUUAUUUCCCUGAAAGAGUUUUUCAUAGUUCUUGGGAUGGUGAUUGGCUAUAUAGCCGGUAGCCUUUUGGUGGACACGGCUGCUGGCUGGAGGUAUAUGUACGGAAUUAGUUCUCCUCUGGCACUCGUUAUGGGAUUCGGGGUGUGGUGGCUACCGGCAUCACCUAGAUGGAUUCUUCUGAAAGCCAUGCAGGGAAAAGGGGAUGUUCAGGUCUUGAGACAGAAUGCCAUAGAUUGCUUGUGCCGGUUAAGAGGUGAAGCUCUUGCAGGAUCGGCCCCUCGGCAGGUGGAUGAGAUUUUAGUCGAGCUUUCCCACGUGCGUGAAGAGCAAGAGGCUACGAUAGGAGAGAUGUUCCAGGGUAAGUGCUUGAAAGCACUUACUAUUGGUGGUGGGCUGGUCUUAUUUCAACAGAUAACAGGGCAACCAAGUGUGUUGUACUAUGCUGCCACGAUUCUUCAAAGUGCAGGAUUUUCUGCGGCAGCAGAUGCAACGAAGGUCUCAAUUUUACUUGGUCUACUUAAGCUGGUGAUGACAGGGGUGGCGGUUUUGGUUGUGGAUAGAUUGGGCAGGAGGCCCCUUCUGCUUGGAGGCGUAUCUGGUAUUACAAUAUCUCUAUUUCUUCUGGGGUUAUAUUACACUUACCUAGGUGAGGUACACGCCGUGGCAGUCGCUGCUUUGCUCGUGUACGUUGGAUGUUACCAGUUAUCGUUUGGUCCCAUUGGUUGGUUGAUGAUUUCGGAGAUCUUCCCUUUGCGUCUAAGAGGACGCGGUCUAAGUAUUGCCGUCCUUAUAAAUUUUGGAGCGAAUGCACUUGUCACCUUUGCGUUUUCUCCUCUCAAGGAGUUGCUCGGGGUUGCAAUCCUCUUCUUCAUCUUUGGAGGCAUAGCUAUUUUGUCCCUCAUUUUCAUCUUCUUUAUCAUACCCGAAACCAAGGGACUCACACUCGAGGAAAUUGAGGCUAAACUCCUUUAG